UCCAAAAUAUCCGAACCGAACCCGAACGGAUAUGAACGCCCACACCUACCAGUAACCAAACAACCUCUCAUUCGCCGUGUACUCUUCCAUUUCUAGAGCAAGCUAUUCGAUCUCCCACGACCUCAGCUUUAGGGUGCAACAAUGGCGUUUGCGAGACGACAAGUUGGAGUCUUUUUAUAUAGUGCUAGUGGUAGAUUUAGCUCCAGAAACGAGUAUUCUACUGUGGCGAGCAAGCUAGAAAGUCUGUCACAGUACAAGAGCUUUGUAUCGCCUGGAUACGCAAGCCCUUUUCGUGGUUUUGGGAAUUUCUUGAGAAGUUUUAGCUCAGAGUCUCCAGCUGUAUCUGACCAGAUGAGCCUCAUCAAGCAACUGAGGCAAAGAACUAGUGCUCCCAUUAAGGAUGUUAAAGCCUCUCUAGUUGAAUGCAACUGGGACAUUGAGGCUGCCCAGAAAGAUUUGAGGAAGAGAGGAAAAGUAUUGGCUUCUAAAAAGUCUUCAAGGACAGCUGCAGAGGGUAUGCUUGCGGUUGCUCAAAAUGAUGGUAAAGUUGCUGUCAUUGAACUAAACUGCGAGACAGACUUUGUUGCUAGAAACGACAUUUUCCAGUACUUGGCUUUAGCUAUGGCUAAACGUGCUUUGCUGGUUGAAGAUAGUUCUCAGCCAUUUUCUGGUGUCUUCCCAUUUGGGCCUGAGCUUCUUGAGGAGUUGAAGCUUAAUCUGGAUCAUCCCAAAGUGAAUGGCGAAACCACGGUUUCAAACGCUGUUACAGAAGUAGCUGCGAUAAUGGGUGAGAAUGUCAGAUUCAGAAGAGGUUUCUUGCUGUCAAAACCUUCAGCAGGUGUCCUCUCUGCAUAUCUCCACACAAGUCCCCAAACAGGGUUGGGUCGUAUAGCUGGGAUUGUAUCUCUCGAGGUAGAUGGUGACAAUACUCAACUAGAGGCUAUUCAGCGUGUAGGCUCAGAAAUAGCCAUGCAUGUUGUAGCAGCAAAGCCUUUGUUCUUAAGCAAAGACCUUGUUUCUUCAGAAGCAUUAGCAAAUGAACGGGAGAUACUAAAGUCUCAGGCAGAAAGUACAGGCAAGUCUCAGAUGGCCAUAGAAAAGAUGGUGGAAGGACGUCUCCGUAAAUAUUAUGAAGAAGUUGCUCUGAUGGAGCAAAAGUUCAUUGUGAACGAUUCUAUAAACAUAAAGACACUGGUGGAUAAUUUGUCCAAGGAGGUGGGUUCUACUGUGAAGGUUGCCAAUUUUCUGAGAGUUGAGGUUGGGGAAGGAAUCGAGAGACUUGAAGCAUCUGAUGAACCGGUUGCUCAAUCUGCUUGAAGGUGUGGACAUGGUGGUUAGCUCUUUCUUUUGGCUCAUUAGGUUGGCACACCCAUCACUCACCACGUGGUUUCUAACUUCCUAUGCGGGCUUCAGAUAUACAGAAUGUUGGGCUUUCCUUUCUCUCAUAUUUUGUUGGUAUGAAAACGUGAGUUUGCCCACACAAUAAGAGCGUGCACAUUGCUUCUUCAGUCUUUGGCUUCAGCCUUGGGAAGCUGUGUGACAAAAAAAAUAACAUCAUUAUAUUUAGGAAAUUUAAAGAUAGACUUCAAUGUGAAUAAAAUGAACUAUAUAAUAUAUUGUUUAUAUUUUUAUAAA